AUGGACUGGAACUCUUGGUUAUCAAAAACUGCACUUGAGCCCUCACUCGUGUAUGAGUAUGGCCUUGCCUUUUCUUGCAACGAGAUCGAACAGGAGGACUUGGCGUACUUCAAUCAUCAGUUUCUUCAGAGCAUGGGAAUUUCAGUUGCUAAGCAUAGGCUGGAGAUUCUCAAGCUCGCUAGGAAGGAAACCGGAGAAGCCCCUAACAGCCUGGCCAAGCUCAUUUUGGCAAUCAACAAAAGUACAAGAAAGUGCUUCAACAAGUACGUUAACAAGUUGGUUCAUCACGAGGACAACUCGAUUAAGCCGUUGCCGGAGCCGGUUCGUCAUCAAGAUCAGUGGAGAGUAGCGCUGACGUUGUCACGGAAGGGCAAGAACGAGAAGGAGGUGAUGAAGAUAGUGCAGCCGGUGGUGAGCAGCAGGAAGGUAGCAAAAUCUGGUCCCUUGGAUUACAGAGGACAAGAGAAGUUGCUUGUCCUUCCUAGGAGCUUGAAACUAUCAGGCCCCCUUGAUAGAAGAAUGCAGGAGAAAAUGGUGUUCAAUUAUAGGAGCCCCAUAACUUCUGGUCCAGCAGAUGUCUCAAUAGCAGCACAAGAGAGGUUGAUGCUCACAAAUGGGCGUAGGAGCCCAAAACUGUCUGGACCUCUUCAUUACGCAAGAACACCAAGCCCAAAGCUUCAGGGUGAUCAUUACAACAAGGAAAAAGCAGGCCAGGACUAUGAUGAUCAAACAUUAUGGGCAGAACUGUUUCAGAACAUGAAACCCACUUGA